AUGGAGAGUGGAGCAGGAAAGCACUGGACUGAGGAAGAGGUUAAAGCUUUGCUAAGUGUCUGGGCAGAAAAAAAUAUACGAAAACAACUUUAUGGAACACUGAGAAAUAAAGGAAUAUUUAUUUACAUUGCUAAAAGGCUGCGAGCACUAGGAGUAUACAGAGAUUGGAAACAGUGCCGGGCAAAGUACAAAAAUCUCAAAUAUGAAUACAGAACAGUUAAAUAUGCCCACAACUCUGGAGACAGCUCUAAAACUAUGAAGUUCUUCCAUGAUUUGGAUGCCAUCCUGCAGUAUGAAUCUGCCACACCAUUAACAGAGGAAGAUGCAAAUGACAGGUGCCUGGCAACGCUGAGCCCAAGUACAGCCUCAGUGACCACCGAAGGUGACUCUACAGCAAUAAUGGAACCCCCUAAUAAUCCAGCUGUCAUUCCAACUGUAGCAAAUGAAGGAGGAAAACACUGGACUGUACCAGAAGUCAGGGCUCUAAUAGGCAUCUGGUCUGAUCAAGGAAUACAACAACAACUAGAGGGAACAAUGAGAAAUAAAAGGAUAUUUGAACAAAUUGCUGCCAAGCUUCAGAAACUUGGAAUUGAGAGAGAUUGGAAGCAGUGCCGAACGAAGUACAAAAACUUAAAGCAUGAAUACAAGAUUGUAACAACGGCUAGAGACCUAGGCAUGGCUAAAAGCAUGAAAUUUUUUACUGAGUUGGAUGCUAUUCUAGGAGACAAGAAAACAGAAAACUCACAACAGGAAUCCCAAGAUGAAGAACAAGCCACAGGAUGUGCCCAUGUAAAGAUGGAAGAGGAUCAGACAGAAUUAUUUGAAAAUCAUACCAAAAACCCAAGAACUUUGAGCAUCAAGAGAAAAGCACUUGAAGAUGAACCAGCAUCUGUAUCUCUUAAGAAAACUGCUUCUGAGAUGGCUGCAAAUCAGUUUCCUCAAAGAACAACAGAGCCAAAAGAUUCUUCAGAAUAUUUUUGCAGUCAGGAGACUCCCUACGUGACCCAACUUCAUCAGAGUCCUGCGUCUCUUCCCAACGCGGCCGAAACCCCCAGACCACUCCGGACAAUGGCGGCAGUCGAAGUACUGAAGAUUGGUAAGAAACUCUAUGAGGGUAAAACAAAAGAAGUCUAUGAAUUGUUGGAUAGUCCAGGAAGAGUCCUCCUGCAGUCCAAGGACCAGAUUACAGCAGGAAAUGCAGCCAGAAAGAAUCACCUUGAAGGAAAAGCUGCAAUCUCAAAUAAAAUUACCAGCUGUAUUUUUCAGUUGUUACAGGAAGCAGGUAUCAAAACUGCUUUCACCAGAAAAUGUGGGGAGACAGCUUUCAUUGCACCUAAGUGUGAAAUGAUUCCAAUUGAAUGGGUUUGUAGAAGAAUAGCAACUGGUUCUUUUCUCAAAAGAAAUCCUGGUGUUAAGGAAGGAUAUAAGUUCUACCCACCUAAAGUGGAGAUGUUUUUUAAGGAUGAUGCCAAUAAUGAUCCUCAGUGGUCUGAGGAACAGCUAAUUGCUGCAAAUUUUUGCUUUGCUGGACUUGUUAUAGGACAAACUGAAGUGGAUAUCAUGCGUCAUGCCACACAGGCUAUUUUUGAAAUACUGGAGAAAUCCUGGUUGCCCCAGAACUGUACACUAGUUGAUAUGAAGAUUGAAUUUGGUGUUGAUGUAACCACCAGAGAAAUCGUUCUUGCUGAUGUUAUUGAUAAUGAUUCCUGGAGACUCUGGCCAUCAGGAGAUCGAAGCCAGCAAAAAGACAAACAGUCAUAUCGUGAUCUCAAGGAAGUAACUCCUGAAGGGCUACAGAUGGUAAAGAAAAAUUUUGAGUGGGUAGCAGAAAGAAUAGAGUUGCUUCUGAAACCAGAAAGUCAGUGCAGGGUUAUAGUAUUGAUGGGCUCAACCUCUGAUCUUAGUCACUGUGAAAAAAUUAAGAAGGCUUGUGGAACUUUUGGCAUUCCAUGUGAACUUAGGGUCACCUCUGCCCAUAAAGGACCAGAUGAAACUCUGAGGAUUAAAGCUGAGUAUGAAGGGGAUGGCAUUCCUACUGUAUUUGUGGCAGUGGCAGGCAGAAGCAAUGGUUUAGGGCCGGUGUUGUCUGGUAACACUGCAUAUCCAGUUAUCAGCUGUCCUCCUCUCACUCCAGACUGGGGAGCUCAGGAUGUGUGGUCUUCUCUUCGAUUACCCAGUGGUCUUGGCUGUUCGACCAUCCUUUCUCCAGAAGGAUCAGCUCAGUUUGCUGCUCAGAUAUUUGGAUUAAAUAACCAUUUGAUCUGGGCCCGACUGCGAGCAAGUGUAUUAAAUACAUGGAUUUCCUUGAAGCAGGCUGACAAGAAAAUCAGAGAGGCCAAUUUAUAAGAAAGAAUAUCACUGCAUUUUUUUAGGAGGAAAACUAUAAUUUUCUAGUUUAGCUGCCCCCCCCCCCAAAUCAA